CGCCACAAUUCAGGCUCGAUUUUGACAUAUUUUCAAUGUUUAGCAUAACCUCCAAAAAUUGUUGGUUCUGCUUGGAAAUUUCUGACAUAAAAAUCACAUUUCUUUGCUAAAGUUUUUAAUUUCAUUUAACCGACACGAUUUUUUUUUUUAUCAAUUACCCAAAAAAGUGACCCAUUUGAUUUAAGAAAAUGCAUUUAUUGCGUCAAGUCAUUUGCAAUCGUCGUGCUGCCACACAUGUUGGUAAAUACGUUCGUGGUUUUGUUUCGACCACAAAUGUUCGACCGUCAGCUGAAGCACUCACAGUACCAGCACCCGAUGGCAGUGAAACACCAGCAAAUCCAAAACUUUUGAAAAUUGUCAAUGACAUCGCCGCUUUAAAUCUCUUGGAAGUAUCGGAAUUAUCGUCAUUGCUUAAGAAAACAUUGAAUCUUCCGGAUGCACCGGCUGUGGCCUAUGGAGCUGGCGCUCCAGCUGCAGCAGCACCGGCAGCCGAAGAAGAAGAGGAGGCCGGACCAGCCGUUAUUCAAACAUUAUUCAAAGUAAAACUCAACAGUUUCGAUGAAUCAAAGAAAAUCGUUCUAAUUAAAGAGCUGAAAAACCAAUGCGAAGGCAUGAAUUUGGUUCAAGCAAAGAAAUUCAUUGAAUCAGCACCGGCAUUCGUUAAAGAGGAUUUGUCCAAGGAUGAAGCUGAAGCGCUAAAAGUCGCUCUAGAAAAAUUCGGCGCUGUCGUUGAAGUCGUGUAAUGGGAAGCGUGGAACAAUUUACUGUACUAUGUUAUUCGACAUUUAAGUUUUUUUAGGUACAAUUUUUUGUUUUUUUUUUUGAAAAUAAUCGAGAAGAAAAACACACACAUAAACAUGAAAUAAAACGUUUCUUGGUAGCAUAAAACAAA